GUAACUGAGCGUUUUUCACCGUCACUUCUAGCGAAACAAUACUUAAGUUAAAACCCAAGCCCGGCUCCUUAGUCCAAACUUUAAUUUCUUUAUAAAAUGCCGAUGCUGCUCGAUCGUAAAUAAGGACAUGUUUUUCUCAUCCAACAUAGAAAUUUACUAUUUAGUCUCCUAAGGUACCUAGCCAGCCCCAGCAGUCCAAAGCACAUACACGAUCUCCAUUCCAAAAAUAGAAGAACGAGGGUCUAAUUUAGCCAUUUCCACUCUUUUUCUUUUUUCUUUUUUUUUCCCACCUGAUAAGAAGCGAUCUUAGAAAAAAAGAAAAAAAAAAGAAUCCAGGAAAAUAAAGCUUUUAUAGACUAGACUUGUCGCAAAGGAAAGAGGAAAAAAAGGGAUUUUAUUUUUUCUUUAGAUAAGUGAUACUUGGGGAGCGAGCAAACAAUUGGUUGGACAGCUCACGAGUUCGACGAAUCAUAUUUAUUUAUUCCAUUUACAUUUCGGUCAGCAAAGAGGCAACAUGACGGUCGCUAUCAAUGACAUUAUCGAAACCCCUCCACGGGCGCCGUCCCCUGUCCACGGCUUCGGAACCCUUGCUGUCCACGCCGGUGCUCCCCAUGAUCCCACAACCGGUGCCGUCAUCGAGCCCAUAUCUUUAUCUACUACCUUUGCACAAACAGCUGCCGGAAAGCCAAUUGGAGCAUACGAGUACUCACGCAGCUCCAAUCCUAACCGUGAUAGCUUCGAACAGGCCGUUGCGGCUUUGGAGCAUGCUAAAUACGCGCUCGCCUUCGCCAGCGGAAGUGCUGCUACCGCUACCAUUCUCCAAAGUCUAGCUCAGGGCUCUCACGUCAUUAGUGUUAGCGACGUCUACGGUGGCACCCACCGGUAUUUCACCCGAGUAGCCAAGGCCCACGGUGUUACUGUUACCUUUACUCCGCAGAUCGAGGUUGAUAUCGAAGAACACAUCCGAGACAACACCAGAUUGAUAUGGAUCGAAUCGCCUAGCAAUCCCACCCUACGACUUGUCGACAUCAGGGCCGUUGCUACUGCAGCCCACUCUCGAGGCGUCGCAGUUGUUGUUGACAACACCUUCCUGAGCCCUUACGUGCAAAAUCCUCUCGACCACGGCGCUGAUAUCGUCGUCCACAGCGUCACCAAGUACAUCAACGGACACAGCGACGUUGUGAUGGGAUUAGCAGCUUUCAACUCGGAAGAACUGCGCGAACGCCUUUCCUUCCUACAGAACGCGUGCGGCGCUGUACCGUCGGCCUUCGAUUCUUGGUUGGCUCACCGAGGUGUUAAGACGCUGCACUUGCGAGUGAGACAGUCUAGCGGCAACGCCACGGCCGUUGCCAAAGCCCUGGAGGCCAGCCCUAAUGUCAUCUCUGUAAAUUACCCCGGCUUGGACUCUCACCCGCACCGGCAUAUUGCCCUGAAGCAGCACCGAGAGGGCAUGGGCGGCGGCAUGCUUUCCUUCCGUAUCAAGGGAGGCCGGGCCGCGGCUGAGCGGUUCUGCCAGUUGACCAAGAUCUUCACCCUGGCCGAGAGUCUAGGUGGUAUCGAGAGUUUGGUCGAGCUACCGAGCGCGAUGACGCACGCCGGUAUUCCCCAGGACCAGCGAGAGGCCGUAGGCGUCUUCGACGACCUUGUGCGUAUGAGUUGCGGUAUCGAGGAGCCGGAAGACCUACUUCACGACGUCCAGCAGGCGUUGGAAAAGGCGGUGCUUGAAACUGCUUCUUCUACCAAUGGGACUAACAGCAUUAACGGCUCCAAUGGCGCCAACGGAUACGAAUCAAAAUAGAUGGAGAGAUUAGAGAGCGGUGAACGUUUAUCGAUCCCACGAAAUAUCGUAAAUGUAAAGCGUUACAUCGAAACAUAUUGUUCUUAAACUUUGUUAGGCGUUAUAUUACCUCUAGGUAGUAUUUGGUCGGUGGCAUACGGUGUGUGCUAGGCCCAUGGGAGAGCCAGCAACACAACCAAUAGACUAUUUCUUUUUUUUAUAUUGGGAUAAAAAAACGUCUGUGUAUUAACUUCAUGUGAGAAUUGGAAUGGCUUCGAAGUUCGUUUCUGGAUAACUAGAGUUACGUUGGAUAGCAUAAUAUAGACAUCCGAAGUAGAGAAAGUAGAGGCUUAUAAAUGUCCCUGUCGCGAUAUUUGGGUAUUGAUUUGAACACGUGUGUAAGUGGUAAACUAGACUACCCGUUGGUUGUGAGCAAGCACCGACAACAAUAGAAUUUGGUAGCACGUCAAGAGCAAGUGGCCCGCAAAGCCCGAGCUUCACGAC